GCGCUGUUAGAACUGGUGUAUUAUGCAUGCCUGGCACACGCGUGUCCUCCGUGAAAGUCCCCCAGUAUCCCAUCAUUCCGGGCGCGGAGCAGCCAGCCAGCAGUUGGACUGGCUCGAACAGACACACACGGAGCGAAGAUGGCGGACGGGGACUCCUGGGACGCGGACAAUUUCGAGAAUUUGGUGCCGGACGUGCCGGUCAAAAAGGGAGUGGUGCUAGACAAAUGGGAGGGCGAAGACGAAGAAGAAGAUGUGAAGGAUAAUUGGGAUGAUGAGGAAGUGGAGGAAAAGAAGGAAGAGAAAAAAACAGAGGUCAAAGUUUCAGAAAAGAAAAAAUUGAGUGAAAAGAUCAAAGAGAAAGAGCAAAAACAAAGGAAAAAGCAAGAGGAACUCAAAAAGAGGUUGGAGGAACCGGAAGCGCCAGCAGAAAUGACGGCAGAAGAACAGUUAGAAGAGAAACUACGAGUACGGAAAAUGCAGGAAGAGGCGGACCUUGAACUAGCAAAAGAAGCAUUUGGUGUAACGGCUGUAAAUAAUGUAACCGGAAUUGAUGACAUGAAUCCUUCUUCUAAAGACGAUUUUACGGAAUUUGAAAAUUUGCUAAAAGAAAAGAUCUGUCGGUAUGAAAAAUCAAUACAUUAUUCCAGCUUCUUGGAGUCAUUGUUUCGGGAUCUCUGUACUUCAUUGGAAGUUGAAGAUUUGAAAAGGAUAAACAACUCUUUGACAGUGCUAUUUAAUGAAAAACAGAAACAAGAAAAGCAAAAUAAAGCCAAAAAGAAGAAGAAUAAAGGUGUCAUGCCUGGAGGAGGACUGAAGGCAAAACUGAAAGAUGACCUGGCAGACUAUGGGGGGUUCGAAGGGGGCUAUGUACAAGAUUACGAAGAUUUCAUGUGACGAAGGACCCUCUCUGCAGAGCCUGGCUUCGUUCUCCACAGUCCCUUCACAUACAGCACAACUUCCUUGUUUCUUUCCAAUGCCAUCUUUAAUGAUGUGGUAUCCUUGUGUGCGCUUUGUCUUUUGAAGGUUAGAAAGGCUUCAUAAAGAACAUGCUCUUAAUAUGCUUUGUCUUUGAUUAUAAAGCACAAACCAGAACCUGAUUCGAUUCAUCCUCCAGAUCACCACCUUAAUUCAACAGUUUUCAAGUUGUACUGGAGUAAGAACACCUGCAGUAAUUGGUCAACCGUAAUAAAUGGUACAUCUUAAAAAAAAAAAAAAAAAAACCAAUAUAUGUAUUUUAAUUAUUUAAAAAAAAUGAAUGAACUCAAGAAAUACAAGUAUUACAGUGUUAAUUAAGUUCCUGCAUCUAAAAAAAAAAAAAAUCUGAUCUAUGCAAAUAGAACUGGGUAUUUAUUUUGAAUAUAGAUAGGUAAGCAUCCGCCACAAUUUACAAAGUGCAGGAAUAGGAUACUGCAUCUUUAUAAAACCUGGACCACCACGCACGCUUACUGAAUGCUUUUUGGAAAUGCUGGUUAUAAACACAAACGCCAAAGGGCCUUCAAAUGAAUAAAACAUGACUGACCGUGCAGUUGUUUAGUAAAUAACUAUGAUAUGCUAAAGAAAGAAAACUGAGCCAUAUGCCCAUACUCCUUACAUAAAAAUGGUAGGAACUUUUUAUUUGACUCCGUUAAUUUGUAAGUGCAUUGGAUAGUAUCUACUCAAUAUUUUUGUGCAUAGAGUUUAGUUUAUAUUUUGUGUUUAUUACUAAUGCAAAUACAAGGGUUGGCUGUUUUUCUCACAUCUGGCUCUCCAAACCUGUUCACACAAGUUUAUUCUGAGUAUGAUGCAAUAUUCUUAAAGGAAUAUACUUGUGACUUCAUAUGGGCUGUAAUUAACAAACAAUUGCUGGUUUGCCUUUGUUUCCAUAAAAAGACUUGCUUAGCAACAACAUUACAUAAUUGGACAUCAAAAAUGCAAACAAUUCUGACAUCUGCGGUGUUUUAUAGAGCAUCUAAUGUAAUAAAAUCACUAUUCUAAAGGGA